AAAUCCGUGACACAAUGUUAAAGGACGUAUACCCUAGCAGGAUAGUUGGUAUUUUGAAUAGAUUAGAACGGGUGAUUAUUUGCAUGAGACUAUAUGUUGAUACAAGUUAAAAUUUCGUGGAUGGAAAAAAACUAUUACAUUGGAAAUAUUUCAGUCAUAAAUAGUUAGGAGAAAAUACAGAAAAGCAACGCAGCGGAUUUCAUACAGGGUGUCCUAUGGACUUCAAACGUCAUCAUUUGCUGAGUGCUACAGCUGUAAAAAGACCGGUAAAUCAUGAAUCCAACAACAGAGUGAAAACGGCAGUUGAAAGGGCAGACAAACUCUUUCAAAAGGUCUUCAGUGCAAAAAGUUCUGAGUUGGAAACCAGAAAGUUUCAUUCAGAUUUUAGUCCUGCAAUCGGGAGAAAUGACACACACAAAGUGGAAAAAGACAUUACCAGGAGGUCGCCUUACAACACGAAAGAGGGCGAUCCAGAAUAUUUAAACGAAAGCAUUGGGAAGUUCUUGAAAACUUGGAGGAGCAGUGCUAGGGAGAUAAGAGUUCCAAUGGCGACUACUACAGCUGCAACAGGACGUAGAUAUGAUGACUACAGUGACAAAAAGAAAACAUCAUUCGAAAGCUUUGCGAAGGUAGCCAGAGAGUAUCAUUCAGAUGUUAGUUCUGUAAUCCGGAGAUAUAAUAUGCACAAAUACCGAAUAUUAAUUGUUGGAGCAUGUGGCACUGGAAAGAGUAGUACAGCCAACACUCUCUUGGGUAAGUCUGUAUUUGAAACCGGUAUAUCAGCAUCUAGUGUGACUCUCUCCUCUCAGAAAUAUAACUCCAUACAUUGUGAGAGGAGCAUAUCCGUAGUAGACACAGUUGGAUAUAAUUCAAAUGUCUUCAAGAAAUCGUCGCUUUUAGAGGCAUUCGAGAAAGAAUUACCUGGUCCACACGCAGUUUUACUUACCAUGUCUGCGUCUGAGAGAUUUACGACAGAAGAAAUUUCCUCAAUUGACCAAUUUGCAAAUCUUGUUGGAAAUGAAGUGUACAAUUUUACUGUGGUUGUUUUAACGCACGGAGAUGUGUUGAAAAACAACAGUAUCUCAAUAGACCAGUUCAAAAAAGAUGCACCUCGGAGUUUUAGAAAAUUGGUGAAACGUUGUGGAGAUCGACUUAUCGAAAUAGAUAAUACAGCAAAUGAACUUAAAAAGGAAGAAACGGUGGACAAACUAUUAAACAUUGUAGAUGUUAUUAAAAGGGAACGUCACUGCUUUGACACAUACAACAGGUUUGUAUUUUGAAAGAAGAAAA